UAUAUUUUCUUUAAGUUUUUAUGAGAUAGUUAAUAAUUUAAAAGAUUUAAAAAUUAUUUGCAAAUUCGUUAAUGUUGCUUCUUCCAUAUAGUAUAAUUCUCAUCUCCUAUUCCCCUUUCACUCUCUCUCUCUCUCGAUCGUUAUAGAUGCACAUACAUACACAAGGAAUGCGUUUUUGGUAGUGUGUGUAUGACUACAUUCCUUUCUCUUCAUACACUCCUUUUCCCCUCCUACCCCCAAAAUCCAGCUGCCAUUUUUCUCUCUCGUGCUUUUUGUGGUGCUCAUUUGGACGUAGUUUAGUGGGAAUUCGAGAUAUGUUUGAUCUUAAUCUCAGUUCUGAAGAUGUUCCAGUAGAAUCAGGAACCUCCAAUUCCUCCAUUGUUAACAUGGAAACCUCCAACAGUACAGCCGGUGACGAUGAAUAUGAAGAGAAUGGGAAUGGUGAUUUUGUGUUAAAAGAGCUGUUUCCAUUGGUGAGUGGAGAGGCUGAGUUGUCGCAGCAGCAGUCGUUGAAUCUCUCGGCCAAUUACAGAGCUUCGAAUGAGCAGAGGAUCGUUAUAUCUCCGCAGCGAAGAUCACAGGUGAAGAAGAGUAGAAGAGGGCCCAGGUCUCGGAGUUCUCAAUAUCGUGGUGUCACAUUCUAUCGUAGGACUGGGCGAUGGGAAUCCCACAUCUGGGAUGGUGGGAAACAAGUUUACUUGGGGGGUUUUGACACUGCACAUACUGCUGCUAGGGCAUAUGACCGUGCUGCAAUUAAAUUCCGAGGACUUGAUGCAGAUAUCAACUUUAACAUCAGUGAUUACGGAGAUGAUCUGAAGCAGAUGAAUAACUUUAGCAAUGAAGAGUUUGUGCACAUACUUCGUUGUCAGAGCAAUGGCUUCUCUAGAGGAAGUUCAAAAUACAGGGGAGUCACUCUGCAUAAAUGUGGGCAAUGGGAAGCACGGAUGGGGCAGCUUCUUGGAAAGAAGUAUAUCUAUCUUGGACUAUUUGACUGUGAGAUAGAAGCUGCAAGGGCAUAUGAUAAGGCUGCUAUAAAAAGCAGCGGGAAGGAGGCAGUCACCAAUUUUGAGCUAAGCACAUACGAAGGUGUAUUAACUUCUGAGGCUCAUAUCAGAGGAACAACUCGUAAUCUUGAUCUGAAUUUGGGCAUAUCUCCCUCUUCCUAUGCUGACAAUCAACAUGGAAAUACUAGCCAAAUUGGAAACUUCCAGGGCCAGCAUGGCUCAAAUGGUUUACCUGAACAUCGUAGACAAGACCAAAAUACUAAUGGUGGGAGUCCUACAGUGCCACUCUUCUCUACCGCAGCAUCAUCAGGAUUCGAAAAUUCAGCAAUCACUGCACCCUCAGCUGCCAUUCAUCAACUGCACUUUGGAAGUGGAGCUUUACCUUACCACCACUAACAAUCCCUGACCAGCAUGAAUCUUUCACAUAAUUAUUGCACGAGCUGAAAUUAGCUGGCCGGUAAAUGCAGAACAAGUAAACAACCACCCAAUAUCUUUUCUUCCUUUGCUGAAGAUGAUACCAGUAAGGCAACACGUUGGUCUACAACUAAUUGAGUUUAGUUUUGUUAGUUAGGAUAUGAGGUACUGAGUUUCUAAACAAGGCUAUGAAUCUUAUAACAUGAACUAUGUGAUUGCAAGCUGCUUAUUGGGCAAUUUUCUUCUACACUGCGUAUUACCGGUGCCUUGACAAUUGGGAUUGUUAAGAUGAGAAUGUUUCUAUAUGGUUUUCAUUUUCAAA